UCUUCUACCUCCAACUAGAUCUUAUUCACAGUACUCCUCUGUAUUCAGAUCUUUACUCUGACAAACAAACAUGGGCAUCAUUACCUUUACUCAAGAAUUCACAACCUCAAUUGCUCCAUCUAGAAUGUUCAAGGCUUUGAUUCUCGAUUCGCACAAUCUCAUCCCCAAGAUUGCACCUCAAGGCAUCAAGAGCAUCGAGUUUAUUGAAGGAGAUGGAGGAGUUGGAAGCAUCAAACAGACUAAUUUUGCAGAAGGUGGUCACUUGAAGUGUUUGAAACAUAAGAUUGAUGCUCUUGACUUGGAUAAUCUAGUUUGCAAAUACACCUUGAUUGAAGGCGAUGUGAUCUUUGAUAAAAUUGAAUCCGUUGCCUAUGAGGUCAAAUUUGAGGCUUCAAGCAAUGGCGGAUGCAUUUGCAAGAUGUCUAGUGAGUAUCACACCAAAGCUGGUGUGGAGCUUAAGGAAGAGGACAUCAAACAAGGCAAAGAGAAGGCUAUGGGGUUGUACAAGGUCGUCGAGGAGUACCUUUCAGCCAAUCCCAAUGUCUAUGCUUGAUGCGCAUUCUAGACCUUUUGUUUUCAUCAAAAGUGGUGCGAGGAUUUUUCAUCAAUCUUUUCUUUUGAGCCAAGUUGUAUUGGAUUUGCUCGGGGAGAUCUACGUCAAUGGGUCGUGAUCUCCUCCAGGAUUUGCCACGUUGAAAUAAAAUGAAUUUCCUUU